AUGUACGGGUUGGAUCACUUCGGCAGGAACGGGGGCCACAGCCACAGGGGGUUGGGGUUGGGGUUGGGUCAGGGGGCUCUGGCCAUGCCGGCGCAUUACAAGAGCCCCGGUUACCCCGGGGGCGGCGGGGACCAGGGUCCGCCGCCGCUGUUGGGGAUGGCGCUGGGGGGCGAGCAGUACGGCUUCCACCCCCGGGGGCACGGCGCGGGCAGCGCCCAACCCCAACACGGGUACUUCGCCGGCGGGCAAGCGCCCCCUCCUCCUCCUCCUCCCCCGCCGCCGCCCGCCCCCCACCCGCCUCCGCCCCAACAACAACAACAACAACAGCAGCAGCAUCACUUCGGGGGCAACUUCUGCGGCUCGGAGCCCGGCGCUUCCUGCCUUCACGGGAACCGUUUGCUCGGAGCCCCGGGUGGCUACGGCUCGGGCUCAGGCUUCGGGGAGGGUUACGAGGGUCUGGGGGAGAGCCCCGGGGGGGUGGGGGGUGGAGGGGUCGUGGGGGAGUUUGGGCAACAGCAGCAGCAGCAGCAACAGUCCGGGAGAGCCACCAACCUGAGCGACUACCAGCCGCACCAGACCCCCUCCUCCUCGUCCAACCCCACCCCCUGCCUCCCCCUGGACCAGUCCCCCCACCGCGCCACUUCCUUCCAUGGCCUCUCCUCCUCCUCCUCCUCUUCGUCGUCCUCCUCCUCCUCUUCUUCCUCUUCUUCGUCCGCGUCGGCAGCCGAGCCUCACCCCCUGGAGCCCCGGCGCCUCCACAGCCAACCCCCCGCCCCACCACCACCACCACCACCACACCCCCCGGGGGUGGUGGACCCCAUGGACUACAGCUACCCGGAGCAGCAGCAGCAGUCACAGGCUCCACCGCAGCCGUAUGACCUGCCCCCACCGGGCUUCUCGCCCUCCGAGUCGCCCGGGCAGUUGCCUCACUACAGCGCGGCCAGGCAGGUGCCCGGCCCCGCCUUUGCCAGCCUGCCCCGGGCACCAGGCGUCAACAUGGGCAAGAUGCACCCACACCAGCAGCAGCAGCAGCAUCAACAACAACAACAGCAACAGCAACAACAUGGCUUGUUUUACGAAAGGUUUGCCAGUCGGAAGAUGUCGGUGGGGAUGGAAGGAGGUGGCGGUGUGGUACCCAGGAACUCUCUCCUACAACAACAACAACAGCAGCAGCAGCAGCAGCAGCAGGCGGUGGGGUUGCUCUCCCGCCAGAACUCCUGCCCGCCCGCCAUCCCCAGGCAGCAGGCUCCCCCCGGACUACAGGACCCGGGGCUGCUGCCCAGCCAACACGCCGCCUUCGAGUAUCCCAUCCAGCGGCUGGAGAACAGGAACCUGCAGCCGUACAACGGCGGCGAGUCCAUGUUCACCCUCCAGCAGCAACAGCAGCAGCAGCAACAACAACAACACCAACAACAACAACAACAACAACAGGCCAACCAGCGCCUGCAGCAUUUCGACUCGCCCUACCUCACCCUGGCCAAACGCACGCGGUUCGACUUCGCCCCCAACGGCGCCCACGGCGUGAACGUGGACCCCUGCCCUGCCUCGUCCCCCGCCCCGUGGAGUAACAGCAACCUGCACGCCACCGGCAACCCGGACCUGUCCUCCUCCUCGCCCUCCUCGGGUUACCCGGGGCUCCCCGGGGAGUACUCGCCCCCGGGACCCGAGGCCUUCCCGCCGCCCCCGGGGCCCCCACUCCAGCACCCGGGCCCCGAUCAGCACUCCCACUCGCUCCAGCAGCGCCACAACAUGCUGCUGAUGUUCAAGCAGAUGGUGUGCAGGAACCAGCAGCAGCAGCAACAACAACAACAGCAGCAGCAGCAGCAACAGCGCAUGAGGCAGCCCGGCCUGCCAGGCCUAGGGUUAGGCCUGGGUCUAGGCCUGGGUCUCGGCCUCCCAGCCGAGGCCGGACCGGGCAGCCUCCUCCACGGGCACCCCGGGCAGGGCGGGUUCGAGCGAGAGGCCGGCGGAGGAGGGGGAGGCAGGAUGCCCAGUUUCGAGGCCCAGAUGGGGCAGGACCCGUCCCCCUGGUUCCCGGGCCCACACCCGCCGCCGGGCCCAGGGGACCUGCUGUCCCGCAGGAGCCUGUCGGCCGAAGGCAGCCCCCAUGACUCGGUGCAGAUGAGCCUGCAGCAGAACGGUUCGGGCCUGCUAUACCGGGCGGCGGUGAGCGGCCUGUCCAUGCAGGAACCCCUGCGGAUGGCGGGCGACGGGCACGUCCAGGGCCUGCACUCCCCCGGCCUCCACCCCCAGUUCGUGGGCGGGGUGGUGGGGGGCGGCGGCGGCAACAGCAACAACAUGGGGGGCGGCAUGGCUCAGAUGCAGUCCCCGGGCGGGGCCAUGGCUCUGCCCAACCCCCCGCCCGACAGGCGGUCGGCCUCCGAUUACCCCCCGCCUUCCCAGAUGGGCGGGCAGCAGGCCUUUCCCUUCGUCGGAGGAGGCGGCUCGAGCCGGUCGGCCAACCCGCACGGCGGCGGGGGUCCCGGGGGCUACUCGGCCCAGGCCGACUUCCAGCCCAACCACCAGAGACCCUCCAUGAGCAAGAUCGGCUCCCUGUCGCUGGGCUCGUUCAGCAAGCCCGGCGCCAAGGACAACACCAUGUACGGGCAGAGCUGCCUGGCCGCCCUGUCCACCGCCUGCCAGAACAUGAUCGCCAGCCUGGGAGCCCCCAACCUCAACGUCACCUUCAACAAGAAGGCCCCCAGCGAGGCCAAGCGCAAACUGAGCCAGACUGAGCCCGAGCUGGGCGGGGUUGGCAGCAACGGCAGCGGGCAGGAGUAUUUCCAGAACAACGGCCCCCAAGGAGGGCAGCUGGGGUUGCCGGGCGUUGGCGGCACGAAGGGGCCCGCGGCGGGGAGCCAGGGCGGAGGGCAGGCCCAGAACCCCAACCCGAACCCGCCCUCCCAGCCCGAGUGUAACCUGUCGCCGAGCUACGGCCUGGAGCACGGCCCCGGGGGAGAGGGCAAGGGCCCGGCCGGCAGGGGCCGGGGCCGCAGGAAACGGGACAGCGGCCACGUCAGCCCUGGCAUCUUCUUCGACAAGUACUCGGCGGAGAACGUGAACCCGGUGGUGAGCCCCGGGCAGCCCAGCGUGCACGUGUCCGAGCGCGGGGGCACCCCGCAGGACAAGGUGUCCCCCUCCUCCUGGGCCAAGGGCAGCGAGCUGCUGCUGUCGGACCAGCCGGACCUCAUGUCCUCCCUGGACAGCGGCAUCCAGAGCGUGACCAAAUCGGACGGGAGCUCUCCGCACGUGGACUUCCCCGACGACGCCAGCAACCACUACGGGCACAAGGACGAGGCGUGCGGAGGUGGCUCCGACGGCAACCUGGCCAAGGCCGGCCGGCUGGUCACCAGCUCCCCCAAGCUGCAGCGCGCGGACCACGGACAGAAACAGCUGGGCCUGAGCAUGCUCAACUCACACCCCAACAGCAACACUACCUCCAACGCAGGGCCCGGCGCCAACGGCUUUGGACUUAACAGCAGCGGCAGCGGGCACCCUGGCACCCCGGGGCUGGAGCAGGUCCGCACCCCCACCGGCACGGGCGGGCAGGACGAGAUCCACCCGCUGGAGAUUCUCCAGGCGCAGAUCCAGCUGCAGAGGCAGCAGUUCAGCAUCUCGGAGGACCAGCCCCUGGCCAUGAAGAACAAGAAGGGCGGGGGCGAGUGCGGCGGGCAGAACGGAGGCGGCGGCGGCGGUGGCGGCGGUGGUGUAGGCGGGGGGGACUCGGAGCUGGCUGGCUGCAGCGCGGACAAUGGCAAGGCCAUCAGCACCAUAGACAUCGAGUCUCUGAUGGCGGAACAUAACUCUACCUGGUACCUGCCCAACGACAAGGCCAUGAUUGACCCGCAAGAGGAAGACAAGGAGAUGGCACAGUGGGAGAAAGCCAAGUCUCAGAGCAGCAACAAAGAAGCCUACGAGCUAUCCCAGAGCAAGGCUUCACCAGGCAGCCACUCGCAGUGCCUUUCUGUCCACCUCAGUGAGCCUAGAGGCCGGAAACCUGUGCAAACGUGGAAAUCCCUGCAUUCCGACAUCCUCAACCGGUUUGGGACGUUUGUUGCUGCUUUCACCUGAAU